AUGGCUCGCUCCCCCUUACUCGACUCCUUCGACCCUUUCGCGGUGCACCCCUUCACCAAUUCGUCGGUCGUCCUACCUCAAGCACCUAUGCCAUCCCAAUACUAUUCCCAGCCAACAUCGUCCGUCGCCACCGCCCCCAUCCAAAUUAUGGCGCCUAGUCCCAAGCGGCCCGUUGUACAAUCAAAAGCGUCACCUUCGUUGAAUCGCCCGGUAUUCACUCCAUUCCGAGUGGAUACGUCUUCUCCGGAUCUAGUUCUGAAAUCCAAAGUCAGCCCUUCGUCACCCCAAGGCUCGCACAAUAAGCAGUCUUCAUGA